AUGUAUUUGUUUAAAUUAUAUUCAAGUUUAACUAUACAACACUAUUCAUUCAAGAAUGCUGUUGAGUACCAAUCAAAUCAUUUAGUUUCAGCGGAUAUUGCAACAAGAUCGAAUAAGAUAUCAAAUUUUCUCGAUUGUUCAUGCCGUCCAAAUACAUUAAAUGUUCAUUCAUCUAUCUGUAUUAGUCUAAUACCAUUUGUUACACAAACAAAUACAACAUAUUCAAUUUCCAUUAACAGAAAUACUUGUUAUUCGUUUAAUCGUUAUCAAAUAUCGUUUAUAUUUGGUAAUAAUUAUAAUAUUAAGGUAAAAAUUUUCAAUAAUGAACGUACAUGUACUACAGUCAAACAUGAAAAUAAUUAUUUAACUUUACUCAACUUAUUUAUCAUUUAUACGAAUUUAUCAUCCUCAUCUAAUGUGGAAAAUAUUAUACGUUUAAAUAAUGAGACAGUUUUUCUCUUGAACAAUGAUUCUAUUCAAUGUUAUAAAUCACAACAAUCCCACUACUACCAACAACAUCAACAACAAAAAACGAUCAAUGACAAUAAUACACAUCGAUCUAAACGGAAUAAUUUUCAAUAUCAAAAAUCGAGUAGUUCAACUGUUGUUACAUUUAACAGUACAUCGUUCAUUGAAUAUCGUCAAAAAAAUUUACAAACUAUCAAAUAUCCAUUGAAAUUGACACUACGUUUUCGAACAAUAGGACGAAUUUCAAAUGGUGUUCUACUAUCUUUAACAAAUCGAAAAGAUUUAUCACAAUCAACUAUUCAUCCAAUAAAUAAUAAUAAUAAUAAUAAUAAAUUAACAAUACCAGAAAUAAAAUCACGUUUAGAUAUUCCAAUACCUUAUAUUGUUAUUGAACAUUCAACAUCAAGAAUAGAAGUGACAAUAUUAAAAUUUGAUAAUAUAUUAAAAAAUGUCAAGACGAUAACUUCUGGUAAAAAUGUUAAUAAUGAUAGUUGGCACAUGUUACAGUUUGAAAUUGAUAACAAAGGUUUACUUAAUUUAACUGUUGAUGAUGAUACUCAAACAUAUCAAGUGGCGGAUAAUGUUAUUUCAACAUGGCAUAUAAAUUCAAUAUUAGUUGGUGAUACUCGUCGUUUAAAUGAUUUUAUUUGGAAACCAUUUAUUGGUCAUAUGGCUGAUCUUAUCAUUAAUAAUGGUGAACAUUUAUUUUCAUAUUUAAAUCGAAAACAAAUUCAAGCUUAUUCAUCAUCAUUUCAAUAUACGAUGCAUGAUAUUCUAAUUGGUUAUAGAACAGCAUUUUUUAAUUUAUUAACAUUGGAUACACAGACAAGUUAUAUUGCAUUUUCUGAACGAGAAGGAUUAAAUAAAAAUCAUGGUCGAUUAGAUUUUUACUUUUUAUUUCGAACAUUAGUACCAGAUGGUAUUAUUCUUUAUCGUUAUGCUCAAGGUUUAAAUGAAUAUUUUGCUAUUGGAUUACGAGCAGGAAUUAUAACAUUGUUUAUUGAUCUGGGUGCGGGUAAAAGACAAAUUGUCUCAGAUGAAACAAUGAAAUUAGCAGAUGGAAAAUGGCAUGAAGUUAAAGUAACAAGAAUUGGAACAGACAAAAUUGAGCUAAUUGUUGAUAAUCGUGUUAAUCGUUCAACAUUAUCAACAAAUGGAGUUCGAGCAGCUGUUUCAUUACAACCCGUAUUAUAUAUUGGUGGAAUACCCAAUAGUAAUAUUAAUUUAACAGGAUCAGGAUUAAAUGCCCAUGGUUUUCAAGGAUGUUUGGCAAGUUUUAUUGUCGAAGGCACUGUAUUAGAUUAUUCAUCGGCAUUAGCAUUAAACGGAAAAGUAAAAAUGAAUGUUUGCUCAGAAUGGACAUCUGUUUCUAUAGAGAAAGAGCUAAUGUUUGAUGGACUAAUUACUAAAAAUGAUCGUAAAGAUCAAGUUCAAAGUUUCAAAAAUUGUCAAUUAUUUUCAGCAGAUGAAUUAGAUGAUGAAGAAGAAGAUUUGAAUAAACUUUGUUAUGAUUUUACAUGUAUUCAUUAUGGUUAUUGUACAACAGCAAAUGAUGGACCAAUAUGUGAUUGUUUAGAAACAGCUUAUACGGGAGAAAGAUGCCAACAAUAUCCAAAAGGUUUCUAUUUCGGUAGAAACAAUAAUCCAGGUUCUAUUGUUUAUCAAAAUCAUCCUCGUACUACAGAACGAGAUACAAUUGUUUUCGGUUUACAAACGUUAUCGAAUACAGCACAAAUACUUCGAUUAGAAUCUGAUUCAAAUAUGUAUAAUAUGGAAUAUGAAAUUGUUCGUGGACGAUCAUACAUCAAGUUAAAUUUAGGCGAUAAAAAUUCUGAUGUAUAUUCAACAUCUACUCAUGUAACCGAUGGUGCCUAUCAUGCAAUUAAAAUUGUUCGAGAAAUGUCGACUAUUGAAUUAUACAUUGAUGGUGUGAAAAUUAAUCUCGAAGGAGGCAAUAAAUACGAAAAACAUCUUCAACGUCAAUUUGUAAAGCAAGUACGCAUUCGGAUCGGUGGUGAAAAAAAUUGGAAUGGUAUUAUCGCAGGUCUUUCACACAAUCGUCAGUCAAUAUUUGACAGUUUGAAUGAUGUGUUACAACGAAAUGGCGAUGUUGAAGAUGUUUAUCCCGAUCCAUUUAUUGGCCAUUUUAUAUUAGUAUCUUCAAAAAUAAUGACAAUAUCAACAUCACCACCAUCAACACGAACAACAACAGUUCUAACUACUAUCACUAGUGCUACUACUUCAUUGAAACCUACUGUCAGAAACGAAUUAACUACUUCAACCUAUUCGACAAAUGCUUUUAGUACAGUGACCACUUUGAUGAUACUGGAUCACAUCUAUCAUCCACAAGUGACUAUAAAUAAUAACAUAUUUUCUCGUACAUCAAAUUCAACACGUGCAUUUCUUUGGUUAUAUACUCAAAUAACUCGUAUUGGUACAAAAGGUCUUAUUAUCGGUUCAUUAAUUGCAUUUACACUUUUAUGUCUAUUAAUAAUUAUCAUUAUCCGUCUGUAUUGUACAAAUAAACAUCAUGGUAAACUACUUACCAAUACAAAUGGCACAAUAAAAUCUUCAUCACCAAACCACAGCAAAAUAUCUAAUCAUAACAAAAAAACUUUAAAAAAUCUUUCUAUUAAUAAAAAAACUAAAAAAUCUUAUGAAAAACUAUCGAAAAAAAUGCCAAUUGCACCACCCGAUAGUAAAAAAUCAAAAAAACGUGUACCAAAUUUGUUACGUUAUGUACAUAUGGAUGAUGCAGCUAAAACUGCAGCAAUACGUCGUGCAUCUGAAGUAUCAUCAAAUCGACUCAAUGGUGGCUAUAAUCUUUCACACGAUCAUAAUAACAAUCAUGAUAACAAUGAUAAUUCAAAUAAAUAUGUAUUUAAUGAAGAAAAUGAAAGAAAUUCCGAUUGUCUAUUACCAUCUGAACAUUGUUGCUAUGAAAAUUCUUUCAAACAAUCACCCUCAUUCAAACAAACAACAUCACCACCCUUGUUACCAUCAAGUUUAUACGGUCAAUUAGGACGUCUACUUGCAUCUACUGAACAACAGUCAACAUCAACAUUGAGAUCAUUGAAAAACAAUCACGAUAAUUUGAGUUCACAAACAUACAGUGUUUCAGCCGUUUAUUCAUGCGAUUUAGCUGAAACAUUUGAAUAUGAACCAAUAGAUAAUAAAAAACAGCAAACAAACGAUAGAUUAUCAUCUAUGAAACGACGAUCAAUAUUAAAAAGUAAUCAUAACAUAUUAGAAUGUGAAUUAACAAAAGAAACAUUAAACUUUUUAUAUGCUAAAAAUUUGAUUGAUUGUUAUGCAAUACAAUCGAUUAAUGAACAAAUUCUUCUAGCUACAGCAAAUAAUAAUCUUAUACAAAUGAAUCUAGCUCAGUCUGGUACAACAUGUAAUAUGUUACCGACAACAUCUACCGGUGCUUGUCAUCAAUUAUUAUUUUCAUACGAUGAUACAUGUCUAAUCGGAUUAUUUUAUGAAGUGACAUCAAAUAUAAAUCCAUAUGCAGUUAAAGUGUGGUCUAGUGGAACAUUUUGUUCAAUUCCCAGUAUUCAUCCGAUUAAAUGUGCCGUGGCUGUUCCAUCUAAAUAUUCACCAAUAUUAUAUAUGGCUGGAAAACAAAAAUAUGGUCGUGGUAUCUCACUUGGUUUACUCGAAAUUGGUACAUGUAGUCUACAACGUGAAUUAAAGUCAGAUCCUGAAACACCAAUUGGUGAUCAAAUAAGUCGAAUUAUUUUGACAUCAAAUGAAGACUAUAUUCUUGUUGCUUGUACAGAACAUACAAGUUCAUUUACAUGUUUUGUUGUAUUUAAAAUGUCUACUGAUGAAUCAACGAAUACAGACAAUUCAAUUUCCACAACAAAUAUGAGUAAUUGUACAAUGAUCUUAACACGAUUUGAUUGUGAUCCAAAUUUUACAUUUCCAAUUGAAAAUAAUAAAAAACUUAUAAAAGAAAAUGAUAUACAAAAUGGUAGAAUUCUCACUGUCCUUCGUUCAGGUGAUGUAAUUGUAUGGCAAUUGUGUGAUGGUGAAAUAUUAUAUACAUACGAUGUUCAACUUCGAUCGAAUCUUAUCGAUUGUCAAAUGCAAAAUAAUCAAUUAUUAUUAUUAGCUGAAAAUGGUAUUAUACAAAUAUGGAAUAUAAACAUUGGACAAUUUACAUUAUUAUAUGAUAUUAACGAUAAUCUUAUAAAUGGAGUAUGUUGGCUAGAUGAAAAUCACAUAUUAUCCGUAGAUAAUGAUGGUCAACGUAUUCGUCAAUGGAAUAUACAUCGAAAACAAGUAACAAAGGAAUUGUUUACACCUCAUGGUUCUUUACAAACACUAAAAACUCAUUAUUUAAUUAAAUCUAAAAAACGUUUCAUUAUUGGCACUUCACCGAAUGAACGAAGUUUAUUGAUGUUUGAAAGUGAAACGAUUGAUGCUUCUUAG